AUAAAAACUUCACUGCUCAUUCAAAUCGUGAUCUGCUUUAUAACUAGACUUAUAUAAGAAUCAUAAUGGGUGUUGGUGGCAUCUACCCUCCUGUCUUGCGGCAAGCAAGCAACACAGCAUCUGUACAAAGCAGCAGUAGGAAAACGGAAGCACCAAGAACCGGAGAAGAGGGGAAAGCAUCAGCUGCAGUGCGGCCACCGCAAAACGCGUCGCCUUUGGCUUUUCUCCGCUCGGCUUCUCCAGCCUUCCUCUUUGCUUUCGGCCACAACUACGCGAAAGAGCGGCCCUAGCUGGAGGCUGGAGGCUGGAGCCCCCUCUCACGCUGUAAAGCCACAGAAAAAAGCGGCGGCAGUACGUACUCUGUUCAGUUCUUGUACCCUUCCUUAGCGCGCAAGCAGGGUAUGCAUUCCUUCCUUCUCCCCUCGUCGACGCAGCCACCGCCAAGCAACCUCGUUACAUAUGCGCCGUUCCUCCGUCUACUCUACCCCCCAUCGUUCUACCAAACUCGUCGGCCGGUGAGGCCAUACAUACCUACACACACACACACACAGUUCGGAUCAGAGGUCAGAGCACGUGCACCGUUAGAUAGCUGGAGCCUGGAGGCCGGCGGCGAGAGGAUCGGUAGCCAUGAACGGGGGCAUCGGGGGCACGGCGGACGGGGCGCCUCACCCGAGCACGGACUGGGGCCCGAUCAUCGUGGCGGUGAUCCUGUUCGUGCUGCUGUCGCCGGGGCUGCUGUUCCAGCUGCCGGCCAGGACCCGGGUGGUGGAGCUCGGCAACAUGGCCACCAGCGCCAUCGCCAUCCUCGUCCACGCCGUCAUCUUCUUCUGCAUCCUCACACUCGUCGUCGUCGCCAUCGGUGUACACGUAUACGCCGCCUAGCUAUCUCAUACAGUACUGCAGGUCAAGAUGUUUUUUUUUUCUUUCUUCACUGCUGCCUGUCCUGUCCCUGUUUUGAUUCGGCCGGCUGUAAACUGCAGAAACACUGCUAGCUGAAGACACUACGUAUAUACUCUAUGUUCUUUCACGAGGAAUUAGUUGCUUGUAAUUACUUCUCUGUGUCUGUAGUUGAUGAAAUGCCUUUGAAAUUGAUUCGGGCAGAACCGUCUGCAACAACUAUUCACCGAA